GACGAAGCGGCGCUGAGGACUGGCCGCCAAUUGCCUCGCAGCCUCCCACACGCUCCGUAGCUCUGUUCCCGUGCGCCCCGGCCGGCCGAGCAGAGGGCCCCCGCCGAGGGCGCCAUGCAGCGGGCGCGAAUCGCGCUCUGGGCUGCAGCGCUGACCGCGCUGUCGCUGCUCCGUGGGCCGACAGUGGCGCGGGCUAGCGCGGGAGCGGCGGGCGCGGGGCCAGUGGUGCGAUGUGAGCCCUGCGACGCGCGCGCGCUGGCUCAGUGUCCGCCGCCGCCAGCUGCGUCCGCGUGUGCGGAGCUGGUGCGCGAGCCGGGCUGCGGCUGCUGCAUGACGUGCGCGCUGCUCGAGGGCCAGCGGUGCGGCGUCUACACCGAGCGCUGCGGCGCGGGCCUCCGCUGCCAGCCGCCGCCCGGCGAGCCGCGCCCGCUGCAGGCGCUGCUGGACGGCCGAGGGCUCUGCUCCAACGCCAGCGCCGCCGGCCCCCUGCGUGCCUACCUGCUGCCCGCGCCGUCCGCUCCAGGAAAUGGCAGUGAGUCUGAGGAAGACCGGGGUGCUGGAAGCAUGGAGAACCAGGCCCUUACUAGCACACACCGGGUGCCUGAUACCAAAUUCAGUCCCCUCCACACCAAGAUGGACAUCAUCAGGAAAGGACAUGCCAAGGACAGCCAGCGCUACAAAGUCGACUAUGAAGCUCAGAGCACAGACACCCAGAACUUCUCCUCUGAGUCCAAACGAGAGACAGAAUACGGACCCUGCCGCCGGGAGAUGGAAGACAUGCUGAACCACCUCAAAUUCCUGCACAUGCUCAGCCCAAGGGGUGUCCACAUCCCCAACUGUGACAAGAAGGGCUUCUACAAGAAAAAGCAGUGCCGCCCUUCCAAGGGCAGGAAGCGGGGCUUCUGCUGGUGUGUGGAUAAGUACGGGCAGCCCCUUCCAGGCUACGACGCCAAGGGCAAGGGUGACGUGCAGUGCUAUCACCUGGAGAGCAAGUAGUCGCCACUGCAACCAUUUAAUGUGGAGCUCAAUACGCCUUAUUUUGCACAAGCCACUGCCAAGGACAUGACCAGCAGCUGACUACAACCUCAAUUUAUAUUCUUUUUGUGGUAAAUUGAUUUUUUGAAACCAAAGUUUAGAAAGAUGUUUGAAAUGCCCAGGGUUCUUCUCAAUGGUGAACUUGAGUAACUCACUGCUUUCUAGUAGUCCGUGAAACACAGUUUGUUUUUUCUUGUUGCUUCCUGUAAAAAUAUUUGUCAACUCAAGGACAGGGGAGCAGAUCUCACACCCCCUGGAGCUGGCUCUCCCUGCAUCUCCUCUGAAGCACUGGCCAGUACUUCCUGACUUAGCGACUGUGUUGCUUAUGCAGAGGGUGCCUUCAUUCCCACUCUGUACAAAUGAACACAGACCUCACCAGGAGCAGAAGCGGCCUGCACUCUGGGGGCUGCACAUGCCACAGCCCUACCUGGAGCUUAUAUCUCUGAAGCAAGGCUCCUUCAACUUAGAAAAUAUUUCAUACCUUCAAGUGGCCUGUACUGCCUGGAACUGGUGUAGGAAAUAAGGUGGAGCCUUACUUAUUUAAAAAAAAAAAGACCAAGAAUGUUGAUGAAGACAACCAGUGAAUUGUCUGUGAUGGUGGCUCCACAGGGUAGGGGGCAGGGUGAGCCCUUCCUUUUCAGAGGCAUUAAGAAUAACAGCGUGGUUGUAUGGAAGGCUGCUGAGAAAGAGUGUUUUCCAGCUUGACAGUUCAAGACAAAAUUAAUUGUUGAGAUAAACUCUUUAAAGGCAAAGAAAGUUUGUUUUCACCACUACCUUUUUGUCCUCCUUGGCGCAAUGUAAACAAUAAUAAUAACUUGACCUAACCAGGAAAAAUAAAUGGCUUGUUGGAGGCUCUGGGAGGGCACGAGGGGCACAGAGUCACCUGCUUGUUGCACUUGGUCAUCCUCCCACUUUUCUAUCUAAUUCACACAUAUACACAGAGAACACGUUCUUCAUGAACUGUUAACAUUGUAGACAUCAUAGUCCAAAUAUGAUAGGACCUGUACUCGCUAAUCCUAGAUGAGAUGUUAUCAUCCUAGAUGAGAUGUUAUCGAUAUAGAGAAUGUAAAUACUAGAGAAUGUAAAUACAGCCAUGGAGGGAGGGACUGCUGCCCUGCUGGAGGCCAGCCCUCCAGGUCUGACCAGUGGGUGGGGAGCAGCCCCCAGGGCACCCCGCCCUGGAGACACCCUGCACACAGCCCCCCUUGAGAAUACAAAGGGGUCUGAAAACAUUCUGCCUACCUAUUAGCUUCUCUUUAUUUUUUUAAUUAAGUUUUUGAGAAAAAAAGGUAUUUUUGAAAAGUUUUGUCUUACAAUGUAUUUAUAAAUAUUAAAUAAAGUUUUUACUAGGAAGAAAUGCCUCUGUCCUUGUUAGUGAGUGUAUUGUUAAUGCAAUAAUCCCAAAAGGAUAAGACACUCAACGGGGAGUAGAAACCUUUCCUAAGUAAAUGUCUUUCUCUGCUUCUACUUCUCAUGAGAGAACCCAACCUAGAAAGUGCUCAGAUCAUCACUGGGUUCGUUGAGGCACCAGGAGGGUCCCAACUGCAGUGAACCCUCGGUGAGCCUGACCCAGGACAGGAGCAGGCAGGUGGGAGCAGAGUAGCGAAUGAAUCUGGCUCUCACCGCUUUUCCCAUCUGUCCCAUGCUGUCCUCACACCAGAGGCGUGACCUUCAAGGCUGAACAGGACAAGGGGUAGGACAGACCAGACCAUUCACUCCAAGUCUUUUUUCCCUGUAGCCUUUUCGGCCCUCUGCUUGGAGAAGGGAAGUAGACAAAAGCUGGAGGUGGAAGGAGACCCAAGGAGACACUGGGUGGAUUAUGGGGUCUCAGUUUGUUAGAGAGUGGAUACUUGUGGGUCUGGGUAUGUGCGCUGGUCAAAGAAUAACAGCUGCCACACCAAACGUGAGAGUAAGCAAGUGUGGAUUUAUUGAAGCAAGGUGAAAGAACUGACAGCGGUUGCGGGGGUGAAGGGGGGCAGGGGAGGAUGCCCAUUUUCUCCAGCCCAGUCCAUGACCAUAUACCAUCAGACUUCCUGUUGCCCAAUGUGCCAGACUAUUGAUUAGGCACUAGGUGGUGGGAAGUUUCCUGACGGUUGUUUUUCUGUUUCUUAAUUAUCCUGUAACCCAAUCUUACCCUAGGUGGUGGCUAGUUUGGCAACAUUGCAAUAAAACACAUCUAUUUUCCUGGGAGCUGUUUUGUCACUUCUGUUCCUGUGUUGUUUAAAAUCACUGUCCCUUUGUUAGGGGGAAAGGAUGUUCUGAGCUAAUUCCAUGCAGGCUUUGUGGACCCCACCCCCACUCCAGACCAAAGCAUCAAGACAUUGGGAAAGACAAAUCCCGUCACCACCAAAGGGAGGGUGGCUGGGACCUGAGGGUGGAGUUAAGCAGACAGGUUGGAUAUAAAAACCAAACACAUGGGUCUUGGGGGCUCUCGCUCUCGCUCGCCUCCUGGCUUCACGGCUCCUGGGCCAGCUCUCAGAGUGCCAUUUGGGAUUCCAGAUCGGCGGAUCGGGUGGGACACAUUUAAAACUUUGUCUCCCACUUUUCUCCCUGAGCUGUACAUUUCCUCAUUUCCCCUUCCCUUGUAAAUAAAC